CGCCAUUACAAGAACUAGUGUUUCAUGUAGUCAAAACCCUCAUUACUUUCUCGCUCUGAUAGGGCUGUCUCAAUCCUUGAUCUCGUUACAAAACGUACUAUAGCAUCACCCCACCCAUAAUAUAUUUCCUCUUCGUUUGCUGACAAGGAUGUUGCACACCAGGCAGCACGCUCAUGCAUCGGCAUCCUCGACUCGUCGCCAAGUAGAUGCACUUUUAGGGCGACGUGCCUGGACACCUUGGCCCUGUAAAACUGACGGAAUCUAUGCAUUCCACACGUCCAUUCCACAACCGUGUUGCCACAGCACGUCGUCCUCCAGCACGCCAGCACCCAUGGCGUUCGCAGAGCAAGACGGCGCGUUUCGUGAUCCGGCAGCUUCUACAGCUACACCCGCUACCCAGACGUUCACCUGGCUGACGUGUCGUCGGUGCAAGAAGCGCUUUGUCGCGGAGCAGAACCACCGGGGCGCCUGCAGGUACCACAGCGAAGGAUGGACCGGCGGCGAGCUUGCGAAGGCGGUGGGCUUCGUGCGGCGAAGUGAGGCUCCGGAGCACCAGUUGGCGGCUGUCAUGGGGCGAACAGGACUGCUGCGGUUUUGGGAUUGUUGUGGCGCGGAGGAUGAGGACGCGCCGGGCUGUCAGGUGUCGUUUCACCUGACCUUUGAUGAGGAAGAAAACGAGCGACGAGGGUGGUGUUAGCGGGUGCGGUAGUGACUCAGAUCGCGGAACUGAACCUCGUACUGACAUAUUGAGCCUGCGGGUUAGCGCCGCUUUUCC